AUGAGCAUCACUGCGGACAUCUCCGCACCGACAGCGGUUGGACCUUCGCCCCGUGAACUCAACGUCCCUCAACAGUUGAACACAGCCCGCGGCACCAUGCGGUUCAGAGAGGCUCCUGGGGUGUGCGGCCUCGGUCUUUUCACUUACCUCUCUGCUGUUACCGCCGCUCUAACACUGAGGGUGCCUCAGGACAGUGUGAAUGGGACCGCUGGCCGGUCUGUGCUCCUGCCCGUCUCCUACACCGUCCCAGACUCACACGGAUAUCUGCGGAUCACUUGGACCAGAGCGGGGGCUAAAGUUGUGGAAUGUACCAGCGUCUCAGAGGAAAGGAGCCCGUACAUCACUGUCUCCGAUCCGUAUAAACACCGGGCGAUAGUGUUCCCGGAGAACGCUUCACUGUUACUGGGAGAGUUGCAGAUCGACGACAGUGGGAUUUACGAAUUAUCCGUUAGCCACUCAAUGGGAACGGCAAAACGCAAUUUAACGUUGGUGGUCCGGCCUGACAUCAGGAAUAGAAACAACUCCGAGGACUUUCCUGGCACUGGGAAUCAAUCCGACACCAGGGAUACAACGGGUACAAACUCCAAUCCAGUAUCAAAUCUUGAACUCAUUGGUCCACCUGUUAGCAGUGCUGUUAUUUUGAUCAUCCUGUGUGUUAUUGUGAAAAUGCGGAGAGGUAAACAUGACAUAAACUCAGUUUACAAAGGAUCUCAGGAACAAAAAGAGGCAGGACAUACUACGCAGGGUGAUUGGGUGAGUGCGACCAAAAGCUACGUGAAGCCCAAGAGUGCACAGAGGGCUCUAUUGACUGGGCAUCCAGUCACCCACCUGAACUGGGACUGGAUCUCUUUGGAUCAAAGCUGUGAUGUGGUCCGGAGCCGAGUGGACCUGAUGAAGCCCAAACUGAGCCUUGGUGAGCAGGUUAUUGAGGUGUAA